AGCAACGUCAAAUAGUCCAAUCCAAUCCAUGUCAAUGUCAAAUCAAAAUUAAGUAAAACCAUCAGCUGAGUGUUAUUACGUAGACGCGCAAAUAAAUUCAAUAUAAAAAAAUAUGUUUCGUAAUUCGAUAAAAUCAUGUUUGAUCAGUCGAAACCAAGAAUUUCAGAGAUGCAAGCACACAGCGAAACUGGAGGCGAUAAGAGAGAAGCUCCGUGAGGGACCCGGGUUAUCGGAUUUCAUAGCGGACGACAGACCCAAGGACUGGGAAGAGUAUGAAGGGAAACUGAAACGGGAGAAGGGAGAACAGGAGCGUCUAAGGCUCCCACCGUGGUUGAAGACCUCUAUACCAACAGGGUCAAAGUUCAAUGAGGUAAAGGAACAACUGCGUAGCCUGAAGCUUAGUACAGUGUGCGAGGAGGCCCGCUGUCCAAACAUUGGGGAAUGUUGGAGCGGGGGCAAGCAGGGCAUGUCUACUGCUACAAUAAUGCUCAUGGGGGACACCUGUACGCGGGGCUGCAUGUUCUGCUCCGUGAAGACGUCGCGCGCGCCGCCGCCGCUGGACGCGCGGGAGCCGCGCCGCACGGCCGCCGCCGUCGCGCAGUGGGGCCUCGGCUACAUCGUGCUGACCUCCGUCGAUAGAGACGAUUUGCCGGAUGGAGGAUCAGCCCACUUCGCAGAAACAGUUAAGGAAAUAAAAAGACAGAACAACGAGAUACUAGUAGAAUGCCUAGUGCCAGAUUUUCGAGGGAACCGCGACUGCAUCGACACUAUAGCGAACUGCGGGCUGGACGUGUUCGCGCACAACAUCGAGACAGUGGAGCGACUCACGCCUUUCGUUCGGGACCGGAGGGCGGGGUACCGCCAAACACUGAAAGUGCUAGAAACGGCGAAGGAGUUGAACCCCGAUCUUGUCACUAAGACAUCCAUCAUGCUGGGUCUGGGCGAGACAGAUGAGCAAGUCGAGCAGACCAUGAAAGACCUGCGCUCCGUAGGCGUAGACUGCCUCACGCUCGGCCAAUACAUGCAGCCAACCAAGCGUCACCUCAAAGUGUUCGAAUACGUGACCCCCGCCAAGUUCCAGCACUGGGAACGCAGAGGCAACGAACUCGGGUUCCUGUAUACAGCUAGUGGGCCACUGGUGCGAUCCUCUUACAGAGCUGGGGAGUUCUUUAUCAGUAGCCUCUUGAAAGACAGGAAGGCAAAGAGCUUGUGACCUAAAGACGAUAGCUAACCAAUUUUAGAUAUUAUAGUUUCAUAAUUUUAUAGAAUUAAUAAAUGAAGACGGCUCCAUAUGUAUAAUGUAGUGCAUCCGUUUUUAAUGUGUAUUUUUUUCAAUUAUCAGAGGUAUUAGUAAUAAUUAUCAAAUAAUAGAUGACAUUACAACAUCUUUAUACCGCUAAGAAAACCCCAUUUACUGUGGUCCCGGUUCCAAGGCACAGCCCUUACCAUGUCAGGGAGUAUUUGGAUCCUCGGUGUCGACAUCUCCAGUGACGUGAAUUCCGUGGCCACCUGGAAGGGAAGGCUGCGCUGGCAUCCAAGAAUCUUAUUGUGCGAAGGCGAGGCGAUACUUUACUCCGGGGCAAAGACUGUUAUUAUAUAAUUCGCAAGUCAGACCCCAUGUGAAUUACUGCUGUCACCUUUGGGCAGGAGACUUUACAAUUUUUAAUCUAGGGCAAAAGUAUGAAAAAAAUCACAUGGAAACAAGAAGAUAUUUGCAAGGGCAGAUUCCAACCAAAACUUUAAAAAAAUAAAGUCGGCUCGAUAGAAAGUAUCACGAAAAGCAGUUGCAAUCGGAACCUGAUUUUAAGUGACAUACCAUGACUUGUAAUUGAGUAAACAUCAUUAUACAAAAUUGUACCUUGUUACGUUUACAUAAGUGCAUUGUUGCGUUAUUGCUGUGAGAUUAGAUCUAUGUUCUGUCAAAGAAUAGUUGUUAUUUUUUUGUAGAAUUUAAAUUACACUUUGUGUAUAAAGUUGUUAUAAAAUAAAUGUUUUUGUUUGAAUCA